AAUUUACGUCUAGAAGCAAAACAAUGCUUUAUUUGAUUGGUUUAGGUUUGGGGGAUGCCAAAGAUAUUAGUGUAAGAGGACUAGAGGUUGUUAAAAGUGCCAAGAAAGUGUUUUUAGAGGCUUACACGUCAAUCCUGUCAGUUGACAAGGAAUCCCUCGAGGAWUUAUACGGACGUGAAGUUAUCCUGGCUGAUAGAGAUUUAGUAGAGCAGCAAUCAGAUACCAUUCUGUCAGAUGCAAAAGAURAUGACGUAGCAUUCCUUGUAGUGGGCGACCCAUUUGGGGCCACUACUCAUACAGACCUUGUUAUAAGAGCUCGUCAGUUAAACAUCCCUUACAAAACUCUACAUAACGCUUCUAUAUUAAAUGCUAUAGGAUGCUGUGGUUUACAGUUGUACAGUUAUGGAGAGACAGUAUCCAUAGUAUUUUGGACAGACGACUGGAAGCCUGAUAGUUUUUACGAUAAAAUUGCAUUAAAUAGGAAAAGAGGUUUACAUACUCUUUGUUUACUUGAUAUCAAAGUUAAAGAACAAACUAUAGAAAAUAUGAUGAGAGGUCGCAAAAUCUACGAACCGCCAAGAUACAUGAGUGUUAGCGAUGCAGUUAAACAACUGUUAGAAAUACCAAAACUACGUAACUUAACAUCUGAAGAAUCAGYAUACGAUGAAGACACGUUAGCUGUUGGUCUAGCAAGGAUAGGUUCCGACACUCAGCAAAUUGUUUUUGGUCCAAUGAAAGAUUUCGUAUCKUACGACUUGGGACCACCACUGCACUCUCUUGUGAUUCCUGGAGAAAUGCAUUUCCUUGAAAAAGAAAUGUUAAAAGAAUUUGCUAUUGAAUUAGGCGCUGCAAAUCAAUAACAGACCUGUACAUCGCGUAUAGUGCUUCGUUUCAAUCCGUAUCCCUUUUAUCUUUAGUAAGUCUCAGAAGAACAGUGACAGCAUACUUAACUUGAACACGGAGUUAUAUCGACCAGCAAUGACCUACAUGGUAUUGGAAAAUUAUCAAAGCAUUCGCUUAAAGUGCUCAUGAGUACCCAAGUCCUGUCGCACAGGAAGCCCGACAAAAGGGUAGGCUACGAAGGAGACUAAUUACUCGCGGAAUCUGCGCAUGACAAUCAUCUGUUUUGAAGAGCCCAUGUUCACUUCGGGCAUGCGUAGUGAGGAAUUUUGGCGCUUCUCGAAAAGUCCCUAUAAACCUCUUCGUGGAAACGUUCUUCAUUCGAAAGACUGUACAUUUCAAUGUUUUCAGCUAUAGACUUUUGUUCUCGGAAUUUUAAGUAUUUGAAAUAUUGAAAAUCUAAAUAUAUUACGUCAACCUAUUUCUUUGAUGUACAACAAAAUACCAUUUCGCAUUGCAUUUUGUCUAGAAUCUGCCACUGUCGCGCUAAAGUGGAGCCAAACUCAAUUGAUAAAUACGUCGAGCUCUUAAUGUGCUAUCAAAAUUGGAACUAUUUGGUUCGGCGCGGCGCUGGCUCCACGCAUGAACCGUGCCUUGGUAACUCGGUAGUUCUGGGAAGUGGCGUUGAUUGCGGGGGAGGCUUGUUUUYGAAAUUUUUUUGAACUUCGCUUGAAGAAGGGGGGUAUAAAAACGAGUAUGAUAUCAGAAUGCACUAUUUUGUAUACAAAACCAUAUAACCCAUUAAAUUUCGCCUGCGAUGUUA